AGCCCAAAAGUCUGCAUCGCUUCCCCUGCCUUUUCCCUCCCCAAUUUUAAACCUUCUCUUUCAGUGGAGUGGAAAAACCAAAACCGGUGCAAAAAUAAAGGCCCCUUUCGAAAAAGAAAAAAUCUAAAACUGAUAACGAACCAAGAAAAGCAAAGAAUUUAGAGGAAAAUCAAGUGAGCCUCGGAGGAUCUGAGCAAAAGAUGAUGAAACUUUUUGGUAGGGGGAAAGAGUCCUCCCCUGAUGUCUCGCCGCAAUCGUUCGGACACUCGGCGUCACCGUCUACGUCUUUGGAGUCUCCGGUGACCGGUCCCGCAAGACCGAUUCGGUUGUUGUACUGCGACGAGAAAGGGAAGUUCCGGAUGGAUCCGGAAGCCGUCGCGGCUUUGCAGCUUGUUAAGGGGCCAAUUGGAGUCGUUUCGGUCUGUGGCCGGGCUCGUCAGGGGAAGAGUUUCAUUUUGAAUCAGCUUCUUGGAAGGAGUAGUGGGUUUCAAGUAGCAUCAACUCAUAGACCGUGUACAAAAGGGCUUUGGUUGUGGAGUGCACCAUUAAAGAGAACUGCUCUUGAUGGAACUGAGUACAAUCUUUUGCUAUUAGAUACUGAAGGAAUAGAUGCCUACGAUCAAACGGGAACAUACAGCACUCAGAUAUUUUCCCUAGCUGUCCUCUUAUCUAGUAUGUUCAUCUACAACCAGAUGGGAGGUAUAGAUGAAGCUGCCCUGGAUCGUCUCUCUCUUGUCACUCAAAUGACAAAACAUAUUCGAGUCAAAGCUGGAGGAAGAAUAACAACAGCUUCUGAACUUGGGCAGUUCUCACCAAUAUUUGUUUGGCUUCUUAGGGAUUUUUAUCUGGAUUUGGUGGAGGAUAAUAGGAAAAUCACUCCCCGUGACUACCUUGAGCUUGCUUUACGGGCAGUUCAAGGUAGUGGGAAAGAUAUAGCUGCCAAAAAUGAGAUCAGAGACUCCAUUCGAGCUCUAUUUCCUGAUAGAGAAUGCUUUACCCUUGUGAGGCCUUUGAACAAUGAAAAUGAUCUCCAAAGACUUCAUCAAAUUUCGCUUGACAGACUGAGACCUGAGUUUCGAGCUGGGCUUGACGCAUUUACAAAGUUUGUUUUUGAGAGAACAAGGCCUAAGCAGGUUGGGGCUACUGUAAUGACAGGUCCUGUUCUUAUUGGUAUCACUGAAUCUUAUCUGGAUGCUUUGAAUAAUGGUGCAGUGCCCACAAUAUCUUCCUCAUGGCAGAGUGUUGAAGAAGCCGAGUGCCGAAGGGCAUAUGAUUCCGCUGCGGAGUUUUAUAUGUCAACUUUCGACCGUACAAAGCCACCUGAGGAAGUGGCAUUGAGGGAGGCUCAUGAAGAAGCUGUUCAAAAAUCACUGGCUAUAUAUAAUGCUAGUGCUGUAGGGGUUGGAUCAAUGAGGAAGAAAUAUGAGGAGCUUCUACAGAAAUUUUUCAGAAAGGCAUUUGAGGAUUAUAAACGGAAUGCGUAUAUGGAAGCAGAUUCACGAUGUUUAAAUGCCAUUCAGAGCAUGGGAAAGAGGUUGAGAGCAGCAUGCCAUGCUUCUGAUGCAAGCAUAGAUAAUGUUGUGAAAGUUCUUGAUGCUCUUCUAUCUGAGUAUGAAGCAUCAUGUCAUGGCCCUGGAAAAUGGCAGAAACUGGCUGUAUUUUUACAGCAAAGCAUGGAGGGGCCUGUGCUGGAUUUCACCAAGAGACUUGUAGAUCAGAUUGGAUCAGAGAAAAGUUCCCUGGCAUUGAAAUGCCGUUCAAUUGAGGAUAAGAUGAAGUUACUUAACAAGCAACUGGAAGAUAGUGAGAAGUAUAAAUCUGAAUAUCUGAAGCGAUAUGAUGAUGCCAUCAAUGACAAGAAGAAGCUUGCUGAUGAAUAUGCUAGCCGGAUGAAUAAUUUGCAAGGUGAUAACAGUUCACUGAAGGAGAGAUGUUCUAGUUUAAUGAAAGCUCUGGACUCUGCCAAGCAAGAAAUAUUAGACUCGAGAAGAAAACAUGAUCAGGUGUUAUCAAAGCAGAAAGCCAAGGAUGAUCAGACCACCUCAGAAAUGGAAGUGCUCAAGUCCCGGAGCACUGCUGCGGAAGCAAGGUUGGCUGCUGCUAGGGAGCGAGCUGAAUCUGCUCAAGAGGAAGCAGAGGAGUGGAAGAGGAAGUAUGACUUUGCUGUUAGAGAAGCAAAAGCUGCUCUGGAGAAGGCAGCUAAUGUGCAAGAGCGGACAGGCAAGGAAACUCAACUUAGGGAAGAUGCUCUGAGGGAAGAGUUUUCACAUACUUUGGCUGAGAAGGAUGAGGAAUUGAAGGACAAGUCAGCAAAGAUUGAGCAUGCUGAGCAGUGCUUGACAACUAUAAAGUUGGAGUUGAAGGCUGCUGAGUCAAAAAUCAAGAGUUAUGAUGCAGAGAUAUCAUCACUGAAGGUUGAAACCAGGGAGUUAGCUGAGAAGCUAGAAAAUGCUAAUACCAAGGCCCAGUCAUUUGAGAGAGAAGCUAGGAUUUUGGAGCAGGAGAAGAUCCAUUUGGAGCAGAAGUAUUCAUCUGAGUUCAGGAGGUUUGCAGAAGUUGAGGAACGGUGUAGACUAGCUGAGAAAGAAGCGAAGAAAGCAACUGAAUUGGCUGAUAAAGCACGAGCAGAAUCAGUAGCUGCUCAAAAGGAGAAAAGCGAGAUACAGAGGAUGGCAAUGGAAAGACUGGCUCAGAUUGAGAGGGCUGAGAGGCAAAUUGAGAACUUGGAGAGACAGAAAACAGACUUGGGUGAUGAACUACAUAGAGUACAGGUGUCAGAGAUGGAUGCAGUUUCUAAAGUUGUAUUAUUAGAGGCUAGAGUUGAAGAGAGGGAGAAAGAGAUAGAGUCUCUAUUGAAAACAAACAAUGAACAGAGGACUAGUACAGUUAAAGUCCUUCAAGAUCUUUUGGACUCUGAGCGUGCAGCACAUGCUGAUGCAAAUGACAGGGCUGAAGCCCUUUCUCUCCAGCUACAAGCUGCACAGGCAAAACUUGAUUUACUCCAGCAAGAGUUGACUUCUGUUCGUCUAAAUGAAACAGCAUUGGAUAGUAAGCUCAAAACUGCUUCCCGUGGAAAACGUUUGAGGGGAGAUGAUUUUGAAAUGGGGGUGGGAUCUGUUCAAGAAAUGGAUACGAGUGACAGAAUUUUGAGAGCAAAUAAGAAGUCCAGGAGCACAACUAGCCCCCUCAGGUAUUCACAAUCAGAAGAUGGUGGGUCUGUAUACAAGGGUGACGAGGACAACCCGAAUCAGCAAAACAAUCAGGAGGAUUAUACAAAGUUCACCGUACAAAAACUCAAGCAGGAACUCACAAAACAUAAUUUUGGUGGCGAGCUGCUUGCAUUGAGGAAUCCCAAUAAGAAAGAUAUCCUCUCUCUGUAUGAGAAAUGUGUUCUGCAGAAGUCAUAACAGUUUUUCCAGUUGACUAAUGACUUGUAUAUGGCAGGGUAUGUAAUCUACUAUUAGUUGAUAGUUAUGAGUAUAUGAGCCUAGGAGAAGUUUUAAUUUCUCUUUGGGUUGGAAAAGCUUAGAAAUUCUGACUUAGAGUGCAGGUACGUGUCUUUUUCUUUAUUUUGAUUUAAAACUGACAUGGAGACAUCAAGGGAUAAAGGUUUGUCUGUCAUAUGUAGGCAUGUUUAUGUGAAUUUGAUCGUGGUGGUCCAUGGGCUCGGUAGAGGACUUGAUUUAUUUCUCAGUGUGGUUUUUGCAGUUCAGAUUGUAUCCAAACCUAUUCGAAAGAAUAUUCAAGUUUGAUUGUAUUUUUAACCCAGUCUUAUAGCCUAAAAUA